UUACCUGGAAGAUGGGCUCCCCAGAAAAGGAAUAACAACAAAGAAAGGGCAUAGACUUCUCUUGUCUUGGUUGGAUGCACAAAUCUGUGUGCAGUGCUUUUUGCCCGUUGCCUAGACGAUCACUUGGUUUCUCUGAGGAUGUCUGGUUCUCGUAAAGAGUUUGAUGUGAAGCAGAUUUUGAAAAUCAGAUGGAGGUGGUUUAGCCAUCAAGCAUCAUCUAAUUCUACAGUUGACAGCCAGCAGGGAGAAUUUUGGAAUCGAGGACAGACUGGAGCAAACGGUGGGAGAAAGUUUUUAGAUCCAUGUAGCCUACAAUUGCCUUUGGCUUCAAUUGGUUACCGAAGGUCCAGCCAACUGGAUUUUCAGAAUUCACCUUCUUGGCCAAUGGCAUCCACCUCUGAAGUCCCUGCAUUUGAGUUUACAGCAGAAGAUUGUGGCGGUGCACACUGGCUGGAUAGACCAGAAGUGGAUGAUGGCACUAGUGAAGAAGAAAAUGAAUCUGAUUCCAGUUCAUGCAGAACAUGGAAUUCUGAACUGUGGUGUUGGAAUAAUAAUAAAUAUAGACCAGUCAUCUAUAAUCAUUUGUAUACUGGAGAGAGGGGCAUAUCUUUACAUAGGACUUCCAAUAGUAGUCAGACAUUAUCAUCCUGCCAUACUAUGGAGCCAUGUUCAUCAGAUGAAUUUUUCCAAGCCCUUAAUCAUGCGGAGCAAACAUUUAAAAAGAUGGAAAACUAUUUGAGACAUAAACAGUUAUGUGAUGUAAUUCUGGUUGCUGGUGAUCGCAGAAUUCCAGCUCACAGAUUGGUGCUCUCUUCUGUCUCUGAUUAUUUUGCUGCCAUGUUUACUAAUGAUGUCAGGGAAGCAAGACAAGAGGAAAUAAAAAUGGAAGGUGUUGAACCUAAUUCACUAUGGUCCUUGAUUCAGUAUGCAUAUACAGGCCGCCUUGAAUUAAAAGAAGAUAAUAUUGAGUGCCUGCUAUCUACAGCUUGCCUUCUUCAGCUUUCACAGGUUGUAGAAGCUUGCUGUAAGUUUUUAAUGAAACAGCUUCACCCAUCCAACUGUCUUGGAAUCCGUUCUUUUGCUGAUGCCCAAGGUUGUACAGAUUUGCAUAAAGUGGCUCACAAUUAUACUAUGGAACAUUUCAUGGAAGUAAUUCGAAACCAGGAAUUUGUACUAUUACCAGCCAGCGAAAUUGCGAAGCUCUUGGCCAGCGAUGACAUGAACAUUCCUAAUGAAGAGACGAUACUGAAUGCACUUCUAACUUGGGUCCGUCAUGAUUUGGAACAGAGACGGAAAGAUCUCAGUAAACUUUUGGCUUAUAUUAGGCUACCUCUUCUUGCACCACAGUUCCUGGCAGAUAUGGAAAAUAAUGCACUUUUCCGGGAUGAUAUAGAAUGUCAGAAACUUAUUAUGGAAGCGAUGAAGUACCACUUAUUACCAGAGAGACGACCCAUGUUACAAAGCCCUCGGACAAAACCUAGAAAGUCAACGGUUGGAACACUAUUUGCAGUUGGAGGAAUGGAUUCAACAAAAGGAGCAACAAGCAUUGAAAAGUAUGAUCUUCGUACAAAUAUGUGGACUCCUGUAGCAAAUAUGAAUGGGAGGAGGCUGCAGUUUGGUGUUGCAGUGUUAGACGACAAACUGUAUGUGGUUGGAGGAAGAGAUGGACUGAAGACUUUGAACACUGUAGAAUGCUACAACCCCAAAACAAAAACCUGGAGUGUGAUGCCUCCUAUGUCCACCCACAGGCAUGGCCUUGGUGUGGCUGUAUUGGAAGGUCCCAUGUAUGCAGUAGGAGGACAUGAUGGCUGGAGCUAUCUGAAUACAGUGGAAAGAUGGGACCCUCAGGCUCGCCAGUGGAAUUUUGUUGCCACUAUGUCCACCCCCAGAAGCACAGUAGGUGUGGCUGUACUAAGUGGAAAACUUUAUGCAGUUGGUGGUCGUGAUGGAAGUUCUUGCCUCAAAUCAGUAGAAUGUUUUGAUCCUCAUACUAAUAAAUGGACACUCUGUGCGCAAAUGUCCAAAAGGAGAGGGGGAGUCGGAGUAACUACCUGGAAUGGAUUGCUGUAUGCUAUUGGAGGACACGAUGCUCCUGCAUCCAACUUGACAUCCAGACUCUCAGACUGUGUGGAAAGAUAUGAUCCCAAAACAGAUAUGUGGACUGCAGUGGCAUCUAUGAGCAUCAGCAGAGAUGCAGUAGGGGUCUGUUUACUUGGUGAUAAAUUAUAUGCUGUUGGAGGGUAUGAUGGACAGACUUACCUUAAUACAGUGGAGGCUUAUGAUCCCCAGACAAAUGAGUGGACCCAGGUUGCUCCACUGUGUCUAGGAAGAGCUGGGGCUUGCGUUGUAACUGUCAAAUUAUAAUGUAGUGCUUUGUUUUCUAAGUGAAGAAGAUAUCCUCUUCCUUAUGAAUUUAGGAAAAUUAUCCUACCACCACUGGACACAUUUUUUAGCAAAUUCACAAUGCCACAUACCUGGGCAUAAAGUGCCCAAUCUCAACGUGAAGAUGAUAAAACAAGGGAGAAAGGAGUGGAUGAACCAGGAUUAAAUCCUGCAUUUCUUAGUAAGUCAUUUCUUAGCAGAUCAUAACUACAGCUGGUGGGUGGUGAACAUACGUUCCUGGUUUAACAUAUGCAGACAAAUGCAGUCCUCCUAAAUACAACACAACUGGGAAUUUCAUUUAUUAAUAACCACACUUUACUCCAUUAUCCAGAUUUCCUUUAUUAUAGUGCACAUACACCAGAUAAAACUUUUAACAUUUGCUUUGUAACUUUAUUCUACAUUAGUUGCACUAAUUUGUAUUUGUUUAACCACAACCACUAUUUUAAUGACAUACUAAAGACGAUGCUAAUACUUAGUUUUUUUCAGAAAUAGCUGUAUUAUAUAAGCUUUGAUGAUGUAUUUUAUUUCUAAAUCGGUUUAGUCUAAUGAGUGAAGAAAAACAUUAGAGCAUUAAAACAAUAAUGAGCGGAUGAAAACAAAAUGAUCUUUGGGUUCUUUUAAAAUAUUCAACCUAUUAUAUUUAGAUUCACUAAGAACCACGUGUUAUGAUAUUCUCAAAUUGGAAUAAUUGACACAUGGUGUUUUGUAUUAAAUUUAAGAUAUGCAAAUUUAUGUAGAGAAAAUAAAUGUUAUAUUCACUACAAUGUUCUUUCACCUGAGUAGUAUUUAAUUCUAUGGAUUUGUUUUCUUUUAUGUUAUAAAAGAUGUUUUGAUUUUGUCUUUUGAUAUGGACAGGUACUGUUUGGAUAUUAUGUUCUCAAGUCUGUAGUUACCAUCCUUGCUUUUGUUGUUCACAUUUUGCCACAGGUGGUAACCCUUUGUGCUUCUUUGUAAUCAAACCGUUUGAGGGGAAUGAGCUUAUCGGAUGUUGAAAAAUAAGUUUGAACUCUUUAUUACCCAAAGUUUUGUACAUUUGUAAACUCCAAUUACACAUGUGAAUGUUAAUACUCUCAGUGAAUUGUUUACUGUUUGCAAAAAUGCACUGGGCAGUAAUAUUUUAUGAUAAACCCUUUAAGAUAUACAAGUCAUUAACUUAUUUCUUAAUAUAAAAAUGAGUAUCAACUAAAUUCCCAUCUUUUAAAAUACAAUGCUGUGAUUAAUGUGUUUUUACAUUUUAUAUCAAGGUAGAUUGAUUUUAGUUGCCUUCUUUAAAAAUUAAACCAAACUCUUUUUUUUCUCUUUUUUUUUUGAGCCAGUUUUAAAUGUUCUUGAAAUGUUGAGAACCAAGAAACAAUACUUCCAUUCCCAAAGCAAAUCUUGUGGUCGUUAUCGGUGGAGCCACAAAGGAAAUAAUAAUGAUAGUGAAAAACA